UUAUUUUGUAUUUUGCAGUUCCUUCUUUUUUUCUGCUAUUUAGUAGUGUAGAAUGUCUACGAAUAGUGACGACAAAGUUAAGCCAGUGAAUUUGCACAAACCAUCGGGCACAGCGAUUGAGCAGCAGCGUUUGCCAGCGUGGCAGCCGAUCCUUACUGCGGGCACAGUGUUGCCCAUGUUUUUUGUCGUUGGCAUUGCUUUCAUUCCCAUCGGAGUAGGAAUGUUGCACAUCUCCUCCAAUGUCAAAGAGAAGGUCGUCGACUAUACAGAUUGUGGUUUCCCUGGGAACACAUGCGCCGACCAAUUAAAGCGUUACCCGGGCACAUCUUGCACGUGUACGAUAAACUUCAAGAUGGACAAAGACUGGACGGAAGGGCGAAGCGUUUACGUGUAUUAUAAGCUGACCAACUAUUACCAGAACCACCGGCGAUACGUCAAGUCAAGGGAUGACGUUCAGCUGCUCGGAUCAGUGCGGAAAGAGCCGUCUGAAAAUUGCGGGCAAUUUUCCUACAAUGGCAAAUUGCCGAUCGUUCCGUGCGGUGCCAUUGCCAACAGUUUGUUCAACGAUACGUACUCGUUGUCGUACACUCCGUUGAACUUUGGAGCUCGGACUGAAGUCAAAAUCAGGCGUGAUGGAAUAGCCUGGGACUCGGAUAUUCGAAUGAAAUUCGCCAACCCGCAGAAUUAUGAUCCAGCUUAUCCCGAAGCUGCUUUUCGUGGCACUGCCAAGCCAUUCAAUUGGCCGCAAGAAAUCUGGAGGCUAACUUCCGCUUCUCGCACUAACGAUGCUCUUCGUUACGAGCCUCUGAUGGUGUGGAUGCGUACAUCGGCUUUCCCGGAUUUUCGUAAAAACUAUGGAAUCAUUGACAACACUCAAACAUAUUUCAAAAACGGGCUCCCGGCAGGUAAUUAUGAACUCCAAAUCAAAUACUCAUAUCCAGUGAAGAGCUUCAAUGGGACGAAGAGCUUCGUACUGGCCACAACCUCAUUGUUUGGCGGCAAAAACCCUUUUCUAGGGUUUGCUUACAUUUCUGUUGGGGGUUUGUUCCUGGUCACCGGAAUCGUGUUGGUUUUCAUUCAUUUGAAGUUCGGUAAGAGCGUUAGAGAAAUGGUGGAUGUUGAUGAAUCCACAGCCUAUUGAAACCGGAAAGCUGAAUCCUAGGCUAAGCUAUAUACCAACCUAAUUUUCGGGUAAAUUAAGAAAACGAGGGCAGAAUUUUAUCUAGAUUUUUUUACAGGCAGUUUUAUCUCAUUUUUUAUUUAUUUUUCAAUUUGCAUUUUUUCUUGCGGAAGUUUGAUACAAGGGUUACAGACUCUAACUCCUCUUUCACGCUGCUAUAAUCUCGUUCAGUCAGUUCUGAUGAAUUUUUAUUCACACUUGUGAGUUUAAGCGAGGUUUACCUGGAAAAUAAAAUUCUCGUGGAGAUUGGAGAAAAAGAACGACGAUUGAAAAUCAACUAUUUCGCCAGGUUUUCUAAAUUGUGAAUCUCUUACUGAAUUUUACGAAUACUUGCAAUGAAACAUUUUUUUUUUGCAAAUAAAGGAAGAUGAGUUUGUUCUGACAUUCUCGAGAAUCUCGUGGUUGAAUUUCAUUUUGUGCAAAGAAUUGUUUUAUUGAAACCAUGAUGGCGUCCGAAAUUUUGGUUUGCUUUGCGAUCGUAACCAAUUGCUACUUUUUUUUUUAAAUAAUUUUGGCAUUCAUUUGGUUGUGUGCGCUUCCGCGCUAGGGUGGUAACUAUUUGUUGCAACGUUAAAAUUUUUUUCCGACGUUGUGGGAUGAACUGUUGUGAUUCUGAAUGUGGUUGCUGAAAUUUCGUGCUUGAAAGCGUACAAACAUUGAAGCACGAUCGUAUUUUCUACGCAUCGUCGUGCAUUAAAAUGGUGGCCUUCAAAGUUUGUGCCAUUGUGUUGUGUGCAUAAAAAUUCGAAAUCUAGUCGAUUUGUCUGUGCUCCUACGACGCCAGUGAAUUGCGCGAGUCUAAUCAAAACCAGAUUUUGUCCAUCGUUUCAAACGAUCUCCAAUAAUCAUGAUCACAUAGCGCCUACGACUCGCGCGGAAAAGUUGGGACGUCUAAUCGGUUGAAAUUGAAGGGUCUGUUUUGUCUUCAACGGUAGCUAAAGAAUUCAUCUUUGUGCAAAGGAACCUGCUAAGGAUAUAUCGGAGGCUCAUUUUCCUCUCCUCAUGCUUUGAAUCGCCUUGCACCUCAUUGACUUUGAAAUGAUGCUCGCUUGUGACUCUGUUAGAAAGUUCGGAGAAACGACUACUGGUACCAUUCCGGAGUGUCGAGUCUUUUCGAAUCCGUCCGUUCGAAAGACAUCCUGGACUAAAUCUACGCGAUCUGUAAAUUAUUUUUGAGGACGUUGUUUGAGUAUUUUGCGAUAACUGUGGCUUUGGUGUUAUGCCUGAGUUAUUUCGUGAUUGUUCCUUGCGUGUCGACUUCUGAGGUUGUCGUAAAAUAGCACCGAUGAUGAACUGUG